GUUAAUUAAUGGCAUAUGAUCCUACUACAGUCCAUCUGUUCUAUGUAAAAAAAGAAAAGAACUGGAAGGGAUUUUCUUUUUUUGCACGACAAGUCCGAUAUUAAGUUCCUUCAAAAUAUGCUGUAAGAGCUUGAAUGGUUGAAGUUUCGUAGUGGCAACAUUUGGCAGUAAAGUUCAUGUUCCCAUGAUGAAAUUGGAUUUCAGAUGCUGCAGGGGAAAUUUCGGCGGCAGUUUUGGUGAGAUGAUUUUUACCAAAGAUUAUCUGUUCUUGUAACUGCCGGAUAACAAGCAUUUGAAAUCGAUAGACUUUUGCGUUGGGAAACUUCAAAGGAACCGUUAUUGUGCCACAUGGGCGUAGAUGCGAACCAUCAGGCGAAAGGAUAGCGUGACGUGAAGAAUCGAGAGGUUCAAUGGAUUGGUUAUUGCCAGCGGAUGUCAUUAUCUCUUUGGCGAAUUCCAAUGAAACUGAAGAAGCAGGAAAGCAUGUUGCUAUGGGCAUUGUGAUGUUGCGAUCAGCACAAACAAUGGGAAGGGCCAAUAUGCUUCUUUCCUCCUGAGCAAUGGAGUUGUUUGGCGUUGUGGAAGAGGGCGUUGAUGAGUCACGAGUGCCGGAGGAUGCCAAAGGCUGAGGCAACUUGUUCCUUGGGUGGUGUUCAUGAGUUUUGGAAAUGAUGAGUGAUUUAAAACGAUUGAAAUCGCGGCAAAUAUCAACUGGGCAGUUCUUCGUAAGGAGCUUCAGGCAAUGUUGCUUGAAAUGCCCUUUUCCUUUACAAUAUGUGCAAUCGAAUAUUGUAGCGAAUUUGGCAAAAUCGUCGAAAACAAGAAAUAGAGCGACGGUUCACCAGAAAUUUUUUGAGGGUCCUCCACCAGUGGUAACAGGGGUUAGACUUUCUCUAAAACCCUUGUCACUUCGAGUAGUCAACGAAUUGAGAGUGAAGACAAAAAGCGAGCGACUCGUGUUGAGGUUAAUCACUGACUGAAUUACUAAACAAUAGGCUAAGUGUUAUAUACAAACGAAAGCGAGGUUAGCAUAAUAAUUAUGUAUGUUAAUUAAUGGCAUAUGAUCCUACUACAUAAGUCGGGGGGAGGGGUCUUCAAAGUUUACUUCUUGUGUACUUCAAAGUGUACACCUUUAGUCGGUAACCAAUUAAAAAAGAAGCUCUUGCAGUAUGGGGGCUUCAUCUCUGUCAGGGAACUUGAAAAAAAUUUGAGGUACAUGUGCCUUGUGCACUAAUUUCAUUGUGAUUUUAAUAUGUGGCAAUUUUUCUCUAGCCAAAAUCAGCUGGUCAGGAAAAUCAAGACCUUAUAGCUACAAAUGCACAGCAUAUGGCAGAUGGUGCAGAGAGAAUGGAGGCUGAAAUAAAUCAUGCCAGACAAAGAAUAGAGGAUAUAAUACAAGACCUCUCACAUGAUGUCCUCAAACAGCUUUUUGUGGAAUUUGCAGCAGUUGGUACAGGGAGCGAGGAGUAUGUCAGGGAUUUGAUAUUUUCAAUUUCUAAUCCUGGAGUGGCCAUAGAAAGACCAAACUCUCAGCCUUGGUGUAAGUGUGGUGUAUGUUUUUCAAUGCCUGACCCUGAGGAAAACAAGUGCUGUGGAAGGGUCAUAUGUGUAACCUCAUACCAACUUUUCAACAAGAUUUGCAUUGACAGGGAUGUUUUAAAGUUGCAGAUUAUGGCAAACACCGUGCAGAACCCAUGGUGUUUACCAUGAAUGCAUAUCGAAAAGCAGGUUAUCAACAAUUUACCUUGUGGAAAUAUGGUAAAUUUGGAACUGGAAACAGGAGAAUUUUACCAUCAUGUGUGGUUAACAUGAUAAGAAAAGCAUACCCCUCCCAAGAUGAUGUAUAUAUGGGGUUCAGACAUUCAUGAGAACUCUAAAUAAUUUCAUUGUGAGGCAAGACAGGUAUUAAUAUGCUAAUGUUAAUUUAUGUUAAUGCUAACUAUACUUAGUAAACAAAAUGUUUACAAGCACAUAAAGAGGUUAAUUGAACUUUAUAUAUAUAAUAGGGAAUAUAAAAAAGCAAAAAUUGUGUUAAACACUUCCCUUUUUGUGUCAUCACCAUUAUAAUCUUUUUUAAAUUUGUUUAUUGCAAAUGUGAAGGAAAAAAUUGGUCAAGGUAAAUUCUUGCAUGACAAUUGCAAUUGUCAUUGUAGAUCAUCAGCUUCUUUGGUUAGAAUUCCACAGGGGAUUAAAUAUACCUCCAACGUGUACAACUUUUUCAGAACUGAAGCAAUCCUAUUGAUGCAGAAAUUCUAACCUUUUUGUCGGAACUUUUCCAUUGCUUUCGGGCAUUUUUCUUCUUACCAUAAUUGCGUAGUGAUUAGUUGCUUUUCCUGCGGUUCACUUAGAUUGAUCGCAUGGUGAACUCGUUAGGAUCGCGGUAGAACCUUUAACAUUGCUUAUUUACUCUAAAACUUGGCUACAGAUACAUGUUUAGGUAAAUUUAGUUAUAAGCGUUCAGCGUGUUAUAGGCAUGCAGCGUUAUUUCUACAUAAAAAUUGCUGUUAAUUAGCUUUAGUUGACGUAAAAAUGCACAUGUUAUUCUUGCUUCUUAUUGGUAGUUAAAAUUGGAGAAUUUUUGUGGCGUUAAUCAGAACCAGGGACUGUAUAUUUAAAAGAGAGCGCGUUAAUUGUGAAUUUAGAUGCAUCGUAAGAUGUAAACACGAUGGUUGAUACCAAUGAACAAGGUAGCAGAGCAAAUUUGUCUUGCUAUUCUCCAGCAUUCAUCUUAAGAUACUUCUAAAAAUCUUUAGAAUUAGCAACUGGGGAGUUUAUAGUCCCAAAAACUGGUCCACCGAGCGAAGAUUGGAAGUAAACAGAUGCGAUGGGUGAACUGCCGAAGUUGAAGAGAAUCCGAGGAGGCCACAGAAGUUUUUCGUCAAGGCUGAUAGCAAGAGUUGAAGACAGCAAAGACGAUGUGAAGAGCUUGAGGCAACUGGAAAUUCAACUGAAAGAACAACUAGAGACCCUGAAACCACUCGACGAGAAGAUACUCAAUUUGAUGGUCAGCGAGGCUAGAGAUGACGACGAAACCAAUGAGGAGCUAACUAGAGAAAUAGAGGAAUGCGGUAGCUUCAAAGAAAAGGUAAAUUUGGCAAUUAUUAACAUCAAGGACUAUUUAAAACCUUUUUAUGAAGAGUCAACUCCAAAUUUAAGAAGAAGCGAUUCUCAAAUUUCUAUAGACAGUUUAAAUUCAAGUAGCUCAUCGUCAUUCCGGAAAGUAAGAGCCAAACUGCCAAAACUAGAGCUAAAAAAGUUUUCAGGAAGGCCACAAGACUGGCAGGAAUUUUGGGAUGGGUUUGUCAGUGCUGUACAUGGAAAUGAAGAACUUUCCGUAGUCGAUAAAUUUGCCUAUUUAAGGUAUUAUCUUGAAGAUUCGGCUAAAAAAGUCAUUUCCGGAUUCGAGCUAACAGAAAAACAUUACCAAGCUGCAUUAGAUUUAUUGAAGCAACGAUUCGCAAAACCUUCGUUAAUUAAAAAGGCGCAUAUCAAGGAUCUUAUUAAUGCUCCAGUAGUAUUUAACGAAAGGAAUGUUCCUAGGAUGCGUGAAUUAUACGAUACAAUUGAAACGCACUUCAGAGGUUUAGAAGCGCUCGGUGUAGAUCAAGAUAGUUAUGCGACCAUAAUUGUACCUACACUAAUGGAAAAAAUACCCGAGCCCGUUAGAUUAAACAUGAUAAGAGGGACAAAAAAUUUCGAAGAAUGGGACAUUGAGACAAUGCUCGCAUCUUUUCGCCACGAGUUGAAUGUUAGGGAACAAAACUUUUCCGUGCUCUCAGAAAAGCCGGUAACGAAACGAGACGAUGGAUUCAAACCGAGGCAACCGACCAAAACAUCAGCAAGUGCACUCUUGUCGGGUAACGAAGGCGAUAAAAAUUGGAAGAAGGCUUGCGCAUACUGCUUCGAAGACCACGAAGAAUUGGAUUGCAGCAAAGUGCAAGACAUCGAAGAACGUAAACAAAUUAUUUUGCGUAGCGGUAGAUGUUUUUGUUGUUUAAAAAAAGGUCAUCGUGCUUCUAAAUGCAGAGUUAAGGUUGUUUGCAAAUUUUGUAAAUUUAAACAUCAUUCGUCUAUUUGCACUCGUAAUAACAAUUCUGUGUUGGACAAGACUUCUCCUAAGCCCAGCGCACCACCCAAUUUAAUAAGCACCACAUCCUGUGUAGAGAAGGUUGACAGCGGGGGGAGAGCGGCAUUGCAGACAGCCCAGGCUAUUGUUGUAGGUAAACCACAAGUGAGGGCAAGAGUUUUGUUUGAUACAGGUUCUCACAAGACUUUUGUUACUCGGGGGUUAGUAGAUCACUUAGCUCUAAAGCCCAUUAGAAGGGAACCCCUUGGGAUUAAGACCUUUGGUUCCAACAAUGUGGAUGAAGGCAUGAGAGAGAUUGUGGAGAUAAAGUUACUGCCAGUGAGAGGAGAGGGAUCUGCAGUUAAAUUAAAUGCCUUUGUUGUUGAUCAUAUCUCUGAAAUCUCAAAUGUUCACCCUGAAAUUGUCAAACAUGAAUACGCUCAUCUUGCAAAUGUUUGGUUUUCAGAUGUAGCUUGUUUUCAGGAUUCAUUAGAAGUAGACAUUUUGAUUGGAAUAGAUUUUUUUCACGAAUUUCAAGAGGACAAGGUAAUUCGAGGGGAGCCAGGACAACCAGUGGCAGUAAAAACAAAACUUGGUUGGGUUCUUUCUGGACCAUUAGAUGGUAAGAACUUGAUUUAUACUGACAAUGUGAAUACAAACUUGAUUGUUGAUUCCUCGUGUCACCUAGCAAGUCAGACAAAUGUGCAAAUGGAUCAUGAAAUUCAAAAAUUAUGGGACUUGGAGACUUUAGGCAUUAAGAAUACUGAUGAAGUUUAUGAUAACCUUCUUGACAACGUUGCAUUCACAGGUGAAAGGUAUUCAGUGAAGUUGCCUUGGAAGAUGGGGCACAAACCUCUUCCAUCUAAUUUUGCACUUAGUCUUUCCAGGUUAAAAGGCCAAUUAAAGAAGUUAAGGAAAGAGCCAAAAGUCCUUGAAUCUUAUGACCAAAUUAUCAAGGAGCAGUUAGACCAGCACAUAAUUGACAAGGUGACAGAGCUAGAAGUGCCUGAGAAACAACAUAUCUUACCUCAUCAUGCAGUGAUUCGAAGUGAAGCCGAAACCACAAAGGUAAGAAUUGUUUUUGAUGCUUCUUCGAAGGAACACAAGAGCUAUGCAUCAUUGAAUGAUUGUCUUCAUGUAGGCCCGCCACUAACUCCAUUGCUCUUUGAUAUUUUAUUGAGAUUUCGUGAAUUUAAGGUUGCUAUGGUUGCGGACAUUGAGAAAGCCUUUCUAAAUGUUGAAAUAGACACCUCAGAUAGAGAUGUACUCAGAUUUCUUUGGGUAAAGGAUGUAAAUGACCCUAAUUCACCUAUCGAAGUAUAUCGAUUUAACAGAGUUGUUUUUGGAGUUAAUUCAUCACCGUUUUUGUUGAAUGCUGUCCUCAGAUAUCACUUGUCUAACUAUCAAGAGGUGGACCCAGAGUUCUCAUCAAAACUUUCUAAGAGCUUCUUUGUAGAUGACCUAGUAUGUGGAGCAAAAAAUUUGACAGAUGCUAAGGAACUGUUUAUUAAGUCAAAGCAGAGAAUGAGAGAGGGAGGUUUUAACCUCAGAAAAUGGAAAUCAAGCAAUAUAGAGCUACAGAAGGAGUUCCAGUUAGAAAGACAGGCAAAUAGUGAGAGUGAAGAAACUUAUGCUAAGGAAACAUUGGGUGUAGCAACACAAGAAGGUAAACUAAGGUUUUAG